GCCAUGUUUCCAAUAGGUCUGAUAGUUUCUAGAACCGCCCCAUCAUUUUUAUUGCUCACAGUCUGGGCGGCCUUGUUGUCAAGAGAGUAAGGUUUCCUAUCACCGGUUCAAUCCAACAUUCACCAACCCGAGCUUGUAGGCAAUUCUGUUAUGUGCAACGAACAACGAUUGGGGCGCCAUUAAGAAUUCCACAAAGUCCAUUAUCUUUAUGGGCACCCCUCACAUGGGAUCCGAAAAGACCGAGGAUCUCGUGGUUGUCCAGAAACUAGCAUCUCUCAUCAAGUUCCAGAGCCCAAUCGCGACGAACCUGACAAAGGAGCUCAAAACCUUCUCAACCGCUGUACAAGAUAUCAACAUGGAGUUUACAAUCGAUGUUCAUAGGUCCAUUGAGCUUCUAUGCUGCUAUGAGUCUCACCCGCAGCGCCUACCCAACGGAUCGAGAGAAAUCAUUGUCCCACAAUGGUCUGCCGUACUGCAAGGCGUCGAUAACAUCGACCUCAAUUGCCACCACGGCGGUUUGCCAAAGUUUCGUUCCCCAGAUGAGCCACGCUUUGAACUCUUCUGGGGUGAGGUGCAAAGACUGGUGAGAAAGGCGACAGCCCCACCCCAAAAGCUGUUCAAGGCCCCAACCUGGACAGACGAUGAGGCUGCCGAACCAACACCUCCCCGUGCACGUCAGGUUGCGCCAUCUCGACGUCGGCACGAGGUGGCGCAGAAGGGUCUUAAACCAUCGAGAGCCUCAAUAAUCCGAUCGAGUGCGAAUCAGAUCUUGAAAGAGGUACAGAGCCGUAUUGCCGUCGAAACUCCAGCGCAGCAAGAAAGCACCGUAUCCCAAUUAAAACCUCGUGAUGUUACUGAAACCAUUGAUCCAAGGGAGUUUGUUGACUACACCCGCCAAUUGAGGACAGUUACCGCCGAGAAUCGAGGCCUUGACCGCGAGGCCCCUCACUGGCAAACUUGCCAGUGGAUAUUGAAUAACCCCCAAUUUCUCGACUGGAAAGAGAGUGAGGAAGGAUCUCUUCUAUUCAUCACAGGAAGUCCGGGCUGCGGCAAGUCGAAUUUGGCAAAAUACAUCCAGGGUGUCAUGGAAGAGCCGACCAGCGAUGAUGCCGAAGCAAAUCUUGUCGUCUCAUUUUACUGCGACAGUUUGGAGAGUUCCCGUGUGAACCCGCCAAUCCUAGAUCUAGUCGUCAGAUCGCUUCUCAGCAAACCGAGGACUAUGUCACGGCCGGUUCGGCAGAAGUUGUGCUCCUUGCUGGAGAAUUUUAUCCCCGAUCGCCAGAAAACCCACUCCGUCCUGGAAAAUGACUUCGACAAGCGGUUCAACCACCUGAUGGAAGUCGUGCAGACAUUGGUCAUGGAUCAAAAUGGCAUUCCCGCUUGCCUCAUCAUCGAUGGGCUUGAUCAAUGCGAGGACGAUUUUAUUCUCCGACUUCUUCGCGGAUUUGACAGCAUCUUUCGUCGCGAAGGCUCGAGGCCUAAUCUCAAAGUGGUAAUAACGUCGCGCAUGGCAGACUCGAUCCGUGGAUUCGCGCUCGCAAACUCCCACGUCGAGGUCACGCCCGAAAUCGUGGAAGUCGACAUUCAACGAGUAGUGGACGAGGAAGUCGACCGCAUCAUCAUGGCACGCCAAAUAGCUACGAUUGCUGUAACCUCUGUUUCAGCUGUCAUUGUUGAGCGCUCCAACGGCAGCUUCCUAUUUGCAGCCUCGGUCUUGAAAGAGUUGUGGCUUAUCAAAGAUACUGGGGCUAAUUCGGUCUUCACGCUGGUUACGAGUUGUCCUUCGACUAUGGAAGCCAUUUAUCAGCAGGACAUGGAUCGGCUGGAGACCGAACGGCCGGACUUGUUCAGGCUGAUUCAAAUUAUCUGCAUCUCGAAGCGAGCACUCUACGUGCCAGAGGCCAGAGAAAUCCUGCGCAUGCAGAACCCCGAUAUCACAAAGAACUACGACCUCAUUGGAGAUUUGACAAGGAUGUGCCAACGGCUGGUCAAGUUUGGUAGUGAGGGCACACUCGAGCUUCUACACCAGACCCUGUAUGACUUUAUCAUGAACACCUACGAUGUGAGCUUGAUCCACGAGGCCUUUGCGGAAAUCUGCCUCCAGUAUCUGUCAGGCCAAAAUUGGGAUGAGGUAUUGGAGCUCACCUCCAAGUAUCGCAGUGAACGAAAUCGCAGAUACCAAGUCGACAAGCGCUACCCAUUGAUGGACUACGCCUCUCCCUGGAUGGGAUAUCACUGGAGACAUGCCGGGGCUGCCGCAAUUCCUAAAGCAUGGGAACUCUGGAACUUUAUCUGCUCCGACGAUGGCAGAAAAUGGCAGACAUAUGCGAUGCCAACGCGGACAAUAGGGCCUCGCCUACGGCUGCCCCAGAUCACAUCCGCAUCGAGAUCUAGUUCAUUGGGAUUCUCGCCAAUCGUUCGUGCGGUAUCUCGGCACAACUCAGAUCUGUCUGACUCAGAUGAAAGCUCACGCAGCGGGUCAAUCCCAAGGCCAUUUGGAAGGCAGUUCAGAAGAUCACUCAGCGUGUCAGCCAGCGAGUCGGACAGCGAGUCAGCCAGCGGAUCAGACCGCGGAUCUGCCAGCGAAGAUGACGAGCAGUCCUCCGAUGCAAGCUCGUCAACAACAAGUCUUCGGGCUAAUGAACCUAUGCCCCUUGUGGAAUUAACCCCAAAACCGCCUUUGGUACUGCUUGCUCAAUGGGAUGUCGAUUGUAUUCUCAGAGAAUUGUUCUUCGACGCGCUGGAAUCCACUCCGCGACAACUGUUUCAUAAACUCCUUAGCAAUGUGCCCUACCUUGCUCCAAGAUCAACGGGAUAUAGUCUUGCAGACUUUAAAGCCAUGAUCAAUGAGGUUUGGGAUGGGACAACUGCCGUACAUUAUGCAGCGGCGCAGACCGGGAAGGCACUGGAAGUGAUGAUGCCAUAUGUUGAGAACAUUGACCUCCCAGACGACGAUGGUGCAACACCGCUCAUACUUGCCGCAGCGUCAGGCGGGAUCAAAGGAGUGUCCCUCAUCCUUGAAGCAGGUGCUAAUAUCGACGAUGUCGACAAAUGGGGCCAGACUGCCCUCUAUUCUGCCCUCCAUGCCAACUCAGCAGAAGUAGUCGAAAUGCUCCUCAAGCAUGGUGCGAACCCGAACAUCGCCGCCGAUUCUGGCCACUCGCCCCUCGAGGUGACUGUUGGGAAGAACCAUGCAGAGUACGCCAAGAUUCUGCUUGAAUACUCACCAGAUGUCACAGCCCGAAUGACCACGGGACAGCCACCGGCUUUCUUAGCAAGCAGGCUCGGUAGCCACGAAGUCCUAGAGCUUCUGCUGCCGCACAUCGAUGUUGACCAAGUGUGGGAUGGAGAGCGCAUCAUUCACAAUACGUGUUGGCGUGGGUUAGAGACUGUGGUUAAGAAGCUGAUCAAACUUGGCGCAAACUUGGAUGAUCCGCCAAUUAAUACCCCUAAAGCUAUCCCGGUAGCCUUGGCUGCAGAGUUGAGCCACAACUCGAUAUUGAAGGCCCUUCUGGCUGCUGGUGCCAGAAUGGAAUGCCCUGUUCCGGAUAUGAGCGGUCCUUUGCAUAUCGCAGCUGCGAGAGGCAAUGUGGAAGGCUGCAGACAACUAAUUCGUGCUGGUUGCAACAUCGAAGCAAGGGCCGAGCAAGGUCGUACGCCCCUUUAUGUGGCGGCGGAUGCAAACCGACCUGCUACGGUCGAAGUCCUCGUCGCUCAUGGAGCGAAUCCGGAAGGCACAGGAUUUGAGUCACCCCUUCAGAUUGCUGCCGAUAUUGGAAGCAUGUCCAUGCUCAAAAUGCUCUUGGCUGGUCGAAAUUUCCCAGACGUCGAUGCGAAGAGUGAUGCUGGAGAAACAGCACUCGGCAUUGCAUGCGGCUAUGGAGAUUUAGACAUGGUGAACUGCCUCAUUGAUCACGGCGCCGACCCCAACAUCCGAAGCGGGCAACGUACAUCAAAUACGCCGCUGCAGCUGGCCGCCUCCGCCAAAAAGGAAACUGUUAUGGUGGAGCUGUUGAAGCGAGGCGCAAAUCCAUUCCCUGAGCUACCGAGGGAGUCAAGCCCUUUCCAUACCGCAUGUGUAGUGGGAUAUGUAAACGUCGUUGAGACCUUCUUCGAAAUGGUCGACGACGUGGAUGAACUGGUCAACUUUGAGUGGGGUUGGUAUGGAACGCCGCUGCUUCAAGCUGCGCUUGGUGGUAGACUCGAGAUCGUUGAGCUGCUUCUCGCCAAGGGCGCGAACCCGGACUACAAGCUCAAAUGCAAGGUCAACAAUGGCAAGACAGUGAUUCAUGCAGCGGCGGAGGGUGGUGAUAUCAAGGUCUUGGAGGCCAUUCUCGCGGUUGCCAAGGACCCAGACUUGGACGUCCGCGAUUCUAAACGACGGACACCUCUCUUUUACGCUUGCUUCGAGGGACGCGAAGACAUGGUCGACUACCUACUAGAUAAGGGUGUGGAAUGGGAUGUGACACUGACAACAGGCCAGAAUCUCACAGCCGGAAUCAUCGAUGGUGGCUCGGCCAAGAUUUUGGACAGAGUUCUAGAGAAGCAUCCAAACAUGGAAAUUGACAGGCCGAGAACAGACGGUGAGACACCAAUUUUCUUCGCCGUCACGCUUGGGUCUGCCAAGAUCAUCAAGACGCUGCUCGAUCGCGGUGCAGAUCCGAACCGGCGUACCAAGACUGGCAAUUUCCCACUCGCGGCGGCCAUUCGAUACCGAGAGAGGGAGUCUCUCAAAAUACUCCUUGAGCACAAGGGAACCGAUCUGACCCAACUCGAUGUGUUUGGGCGAGGCGUAUUGCAGAUUGCGCAGCAGGCUGGAAGCCAUCCCAUGCCGAGCAUGAUUAUCGCUGCUGCCAAGACUCCAGAGUUUGAGACGUUUCUGACCGAAAAUCGGGACAUGUUUGGGAACAACGCCAACGACUCGACCCGGAUCGACAUAAAGCGCAAGCCAUCCUGGGAACACUGCAUUGAGACCAUCCGCAAUGACGCUGAGAGUCUUCUGGACAACUUUGAAGCGCGUGACUUCCGAUGGGAGCGACUUGGAAAGUUCUGCCUGCAGCUCUCAUCGUACAGUUUUGCUCAGAUUGCCCUGCAGCGUAGCGUGGAGGUAGUGGAGACGACGCCGCUGUUCCUGGAACACCAAGUCCACUGUCGCCUGUGUCUGGAGAUGAUCUCAGGCGUACGCUAUACCUGCAGGACCUGCUGCAGCACAGAUCUGUGUUUGAACUGCAUGAUGAGACUGCCGAAGCUGGGAUACCGCAUGUGGACCUGCCAGUAUCACGUCUUUUAUCAGGUCGUGUUUCCUGGACCUGGGCAUGAGCCUCCAAAGCCAAUUUGGGGUAUGAAAGGGGGGGAUGAUACUACGGACGUUCGUCUGGAUAUUCUUUCCGAUAUUGCAGAGGAAUCGGAGAGUGAAGAGGAGGAGUAUGGGCACAUCGACCAGCCUGAUCCUAGGGUGGUCAUCCAUGAUGAGGAGGUGACCGGAGGAGAGGGAAUCGAGGAAUCGAGAUCCCAAGAAAAGAGAUCCGAUCAAGACGUCAAUGACGCCCCUGCUUCAGAAUCGGAGGUGUCUGAAGCGGAGGUGUCUGAGGUGGGUGGGAAUGAAGCCGAGGCGCCAGCAUCCCCGAACAAGACCUCGGAACGUGAUGCGUUUGUGGAACCACCACCCGAGGGACCGCGGAGCGCAGUGACCGACUUGAGUCUCGAAGAGGGCGACGUGGACGGUGGUGAUAAUGUGGUGACGGAUAUAGUUUCCCUCCCCUCGGCAGAGGAGUAUGUGGAGUUGACAGAAGAACAACUUCGGGAGUUUCUGGAUGCGAUUUUGAGAACCUUUACUCCAGAACGAACGCCGGAUAGCCUGGCCAAGUGGAGUUUCUCAGCCGAGACCUGGAAACUGGACUAUGAUUCCAGGGCUCGAGCUCACCCAGGAGGCCCGGACGCGGAUACCAUGCCAGACUUGCUCCGACCCGCACGAGGUUUGAGACCUAUUGGACCUCAGUCGGACGCCUACGAGUUCCUGGCACCGCUGGCGCUCUUAUUUGCGGAUGUGCCGCUUCACUACGUCCUGACAGAGAUUCCCUUCACAGCGUAUGAACGUCGGGCGCUGAGGAAGAAGAGACAGCUGCAGAAGUUGAUCAGCAAGGUGAUUCGCCCGACGAGACGAGUUGGGGAACUAAACUGGGACAUUGACGAAUGACCUAUGACGCACUGAGGGAUUGUAAGUGACGAAGAUAUGUAAAGAAUGCUUAAGCGGAAACAGAUUGGUGAAGAUCUGGAGCAUGUACAAUG